UUAUCCCCACCAUUGUGUCUUUCCUUAUAUGCCUCCCAUCCCCCGGUGUCGUCGUAGCCUUUUUCCCCCUUCCUCGCCGAUGCCACCCUAUCUUUCCUUCUCCCACAUCCCCUGCUACCACCCUAGCCCCCCCAGCCGCCGCCAUCCUAUCUUUCCUUAUAUACCUCCCCCUGCCCCCAUUGCCACCCAAGCCUUUUUCUUUCCCACCGCCGUCACCAUGUCUUCCUUAUAUGCCUCUCCCUUCCCGACGCCGGCACCCUACCUUUCCUUAUAUACCUCCCCACAGAGUUGGUGGGACUCCUCCUCCCUCCCUUCCCGAGGAGCUCCCGCGUGGGCCCCGGGAGGAAACCCUAGCGCCUCCUCCACGCCCCCCUCGCCUCAACCCCCUCCCUCGCCGCCGUCGGGGGCGUCUUCGGCCAAAGACCGUGUGGCGUUGGCGGCAACGGGGCGGCUCUCUCCCGCACACAGUUGGUGGGCUCCGCGGGGCACCUCCCUCCUCCCGGCGUCCUGCGGUCACCAGCGCCGCCUCCUCCCCUGUUCUGGGGCUCGGGACUCAAGUGCCCAGGCGCGAGCUGGUGGCGGAUCUGGCCCCCUGCCCUGUUUCUAGAUGGUGGUGGUUGGCGAGGGCGACGAAUCUGGGAUUCCCUGCCCAGAUCCGGUGGAUGGUGAAGGUUGGCGUUGGCAGGGGUGGCUGGCGGCCCUGAUGAGGUGGUGGUGAUGCGGCUAGUGUCUCCGCUACUCCGGUACGGGAUGGCGGGGCUCCAGACGAAUCUGGCCAGGGGGUGGAGGCGCUGGUGUGGUGGUGGCAGAUCGGCUGCGGCGGCGGCUGGUUUUUCCGGCGUUCGCCCGUUUUUAGGUGGUCUGUGUCGGCCUUCGACCCCUUCCCCCGUCUGGGCGCUACCUCCAUCAAAGGGUCGGCCCGAUCCUAGCUGCGGUCCAUCGCCCGUCUCGCGCCCGGUGCUGUAGGAGCGAGCUCGUCUCGCGCCUGGCAGCAGGACGACCUUGUCUCGCUCCCGAUGUAGCAGGACGAGUCGAUGGAGGCCAGUUUUGGCCGGCCUAUUGGGUCACGGCACUAGGGGUGCCCAGGGAUGCGAAGGGCGGGUCCUUUCCGCUCGUAUCUUUGGUUGGGGUAGCAGCAAGUCUCGGGUGAGGUGGUGUCAAGGUCUUGGAUGCCGGGGCGGCGGCCCUAGUGGUGGUACCACGGUGCUCAUGGGCAGAGCCCGCAGCUUGGUGAUGCCUGAUGGCCAUGGCCGUGUGGGCGACGUGGUCACCGGGGUGUGGCGUUCGGUGGCGGUGAGUGUUGGCCGGGGUGAAAACCUGAUCUAUCCUCGGAUGGACCGGCGACGACGCUCGUCUCCUUCUUGAAGGCGUCGUCGCGGCUCUCAUCGCCAUCGUGUUGCUCCAGGGGAAACUCUGACUCUCGGGUCGGAUAGUGACGGCCUUCUGGUGUCGUAACCUUCCUGAAGGCGCCGCCUUGGAGCCUUCUGGUGUUGAUCAUUGCUUUAUAUAUAAAGCGGGGCGAAAGCCUUUUUUGGCGUAUAUACCUCCCCCACCUCGCUGCCACCCCAGCUUCCCCCUCCCCGUCGUCGCCAACGCCACGACCCGCUGCCGCCCUAGCCUUUUUCCUCCUCCCCCUCCCCGUCGCGCUAUAUUUCCUUAUAUAUCCCCUUCCCCCUGACGCAAAUCUAUCAUUUUCCUUACCCCCUAGCGUCGCUGCCACCCUCAUUUUUCUUACCCCUCCUGUAGUUGUCUCUUCCUCCUAUUAUUUUGAUGUGUGAAACAUUUUACCUCUAGUUGGUGAAACAUCUCCAAGAUUUUGAAAGGCCAUGUAAGGCUCAUUGGCCACCAGCCAAACACACAACAUCGAUGCUUUGGAUGUCUAGGCAGACAACCUCUGUCGAGAAAACGAGCACCUCCUAAAAUCGAUGACUCCAGUCAAUACUCAACCUUGCUCUACAUGAUGAGGGAUGACAGGUAAUGGUGGUGAAGGUCGUUGCAGCAUCUCCGUCGUCAACUGGUCAUCGUCACCACACCACCAGUAUAGUUGAUGCUUAUUUACUUGCGCCACUAUGUGUUGCUACUCAAUGCGGAUGGCGGAUGGCGGAUGGGAUCGAGGAGGCAGAGGUAUGUUGGGGAGGCACUACUCAAAGCGCUAGGUGCUAAAAAAACACUCGCCCAUUGCUUAUCGUUUUGACUAUAUCAUCGGGUUUCGUGAAGCAACCAGGUACGCAUACAUAGCUUAGCAAAUCACAUUAUGUUUCGUUCAUUUAUUAUUGUUUAAGACUCACACACAACUCAACAUCGUGUGUUGUUCCUUUAUCGUUCAAUUUGAAUUCAUAUUCAACACAAUACCGAAUCCCAUGGAAGCAACCAUGUACAUCUACCUUAGCAGAUCACACUGUGUUUUAUUCAUCUGUUAUGUAGGCAAUGCAUAACAUCAUGUUUUUUCCCGAUGGAUCGAAGAAAUUGAACAUAGAGAAAAAUCUUUAGGAAAAGACUCUGGUUAGGAAUCAUGGUCUUUAAUUGCAUUGGUUUAUUCUCCAGCAUGAACCUUUGCAAGAGAACGAGCUGACCAGCGCUUGACAAGUUGUGUUGUUGCGACUCUACAAUGACAAGUAUGUAUUUAAGGCUUUUUACGCAAGCAAGACGGAGUAGUAAACUGUAAUGUAUAGGUUCCAACUCUGGUUGUUUGAUCUUUUCAUAGGCACCCCAAAAAUCCAGUAGGAUGAACCCUCACCGUGCCUUUCAACACCGACCACUGCACCCGCACAAGAAAUUUGACACUAACCACCGGGUUCAAACAUUCAGAGAUCCACAAGUCAUAGGGAAUAGCUCGGUGAAAUAUGCCUCGACGCUUCGUUCUCCCGCGGUUGAUCCAGUGAGCUUCCGCCAGUUCGCCACAACACGUCACUCGAGCACGUGGAUUGCUCACCCCAUGGACCCAUCUAAGCCUUAGCAAGGCCUUGGUCUCAUCUCAGGCCCAAAAAGUCAAUGCAAUAUUCUAUAGUCUUGCUCAAGUCAAGUUGGCAAUGGCAGGAGGGCUCUGUUUUGGAAAGACGAUGGAUCAAUGGGUGAAUGGCGUGUGAGAUCGCACCGCUCGUGUGGGUCAAGGUGAAUGCUAAAGCUGCUAACAACCGAAUCGUGUCCAAGGGACUGCUAAACUAUGCUUGGGUUCGAGACAUCUGAGGUGCUCUUACCAGUUACCACUCAAGCACUGACACAACACAUCAAGCUAUGGGAUGUUGUUGCGGUGGAGUACAACACGCAAUAGGCCGAUAAGUUCUCUUGGCGCUGGAGUAAAUAUGGGACAUAUCUAGCAAGCUCCACCUAUGGUCUACUAUUGGAAGGCUCGACUCUCUUCGUCGCCCCAUGGCUGUGGAAGACCAAGGUGCCUCUAACCUCCAAAAUUCCCGUCUGGCUGACUAUGCAAUACCGUACUUGAAUGAUAGACGGGUGAGUUAGGCCUGGACUGCAUGACAACACGGUGUCAUGCAAUCUUUGUGUGCAAAAUCAGGACACUGCAGACCACAUUCUCAUUCGAUGUGUAUGCAUGAGAAAUACUGCGAACGCGAGAGAGUAGCCUAAGAUUUUAUUUUAUUUUAUUUUAUUUGCAUGGGAGUAGCCUAAGAUAUUGCGGGGUGGUGUCUUAAUUUGCUACCAAUGAGCUUGACAAUCUUCUAAAACUUGUUCUUCCCUACUAAAGAUACGAUACGCUUAGCCUAUCCACACUGACCUUUCCACCCGCAAAAAUAUUUGGCACACUGAAAGCUGGGCCAAAGCAAUCGGAGGAAUGUCGGGACCCACAGCUCAUAGGCAGUGGGUGACCGAACGCGUACGCCCCGACGCCUCGUUCUCCCGCAUUAAUCCGGUGAUCUUUCGCCAGUUCGCUUGAGCGCCAAUGACAGACGGGCCGUCAUUAAAAGCCCAGCAUCCGUUCCUGCCUCCCAAUCGUAGAGGGCAAAAGAUUUCCUAAAAUCUACGCGCGUCCCGCCCCUCGUGAGCCGUGACCAACCCAGCGACGAACGCAGAACCCCGCUCCAAACCCCGCCUCCGCCUUGCCUCGCCUCGCCCCUUGGCCUCCCACCGCCGCCCACCGCGAUGCCCAAGCCGCCGCCGGUCGUCGAGCUCCCGAUACGCAAGACCGUCCCGCUCAUCGACAUCGACGGCGACGACGACGAUGACGGAGGUCGCAGCGGCCGUCAUGGCGGAAGCCCCGCUACGGGGGGUCGUUCCGCCGGUCCGGUACGCGGUGAAGGCGGAAGCCGCGCUAAGAGUGGACGCUCCGGCCGCUCGGAACGCGGUGAGAAGGCGGAGGACGCGCUAAGGGAGACCGCCCCGGCAAUCGCGGACGCGGUCGGGAGGGUCCGUUGGUCGGUGGUCGCGCGGCGGCGGGAUCGCCGCCACCGCGACGAAACCCGGCCACGGCGUCCUCUCCGUCCGUGGUCCGCUCCGGCGCCGCGAAUCCUCCGUCCAUCCAGCUCGACAGCGACAGCGACGACGACGACAUGCGCGGCCGGAGCUCGAACAAGGUAGCCGCACGCCAUCAUGGCCGGGGGGCGGAUCCUGUCUCCGAUAGUGGAGCCACAUAUCUCUACUGUCCGAGCAGCGAUUCGGAGGAUUCACGCGCGAGAGGUCGCAAGAGGGCGGCGCCCUCCUCGCCCGGUGGCUCCAGGAAGGCGAAGAAGCAGAGACGAGAGUCGUCGAGCGGUGCCAAGGCGCACGGGGCGGGGGCUCGCGCUCUCGCGACGAGGCCUGUCGACGAACCGCGAACCUCCCACAAGUCGUCGAGGAAGCACAAGAGACUCGAGGCCGUCCGUCGUCCUCGGUCUCAUCAUUCCAGCGGCGAUGGACGGCUCGGGAGAUCCGGCCAAGGGGGCGGCGACAGGGGUCGGCGUGAUGCUGCGCCGGCGAGGCAGCUCGGCGCCGGCGCAGUUGUUGCGUCAAGCCCUCGUUCGCGGAGCGGCAACCGAGGAAAAGUGGCUGCGAAGUAUGCUGCACCAGUGGUUCCCGAAGAUAGCGUGGACGAAGGUGAUGGUGAGGAGAUGGAAGACACCAGCUCAGAUGACGAUGGGAGAUUCGGCCAUAGGGGCCGGCAUGGUGCUGCGCCGCCGAGGCAGGCCGGCGCGGUUGUUGCAUCUCGUAAUCGUUCACGCGACGGCCACCGAAGAAGUAGAACUGUGGUAACUGAUGACAGCGGGGAUGACGGUGAAGGUGAAGAGACGAGCAGUUCAGAUGACAAUGAUGAGGGAUCCCGAGAUGACGAGGAGGAGGAUGGGAUCAAGGGGACGAACACGGAUGACGGAAGUGGCGAUAGUGAGGAAGAGGAUGAGGAGUAUGAGGAGGAGGAUGUGAUGAAAGGGACGAACAAGGAUGUUGAAAGUGACGAUAGGGAGGAGGAGGAGGGUGAUGAUAGCGAGGAUGAGGAUGAAGAUGUAAUGGAGAGGAAGAACAAGGGGGGUGAUGAUGUGAUGAGGAGGAAGAAGGAGGAUGUGGAUGUGAUGAAGGGGAAGAACAAGGAGGAUGACAAUGGUAAUAGCCACGGCAGAUGCAAAUCCGUAGAGGAGGAGGUCGGUGGGGAGGACGACGGAAACAGCACUCAUGACGACAGUUCUGAUGCCAAUGCUGACGAAGAGGAGUCUGACGACACUACGGAGACAGAGACAGAGGAGGAGGAGGAGGCGGAGGAGGAAGAAGAAGAAGAAUCUGACGAGGCAGAGCAGGACCGGCGUGUCGCGCCUAGCCGCAACGGCGAGGCAGGGCAGGACCGGCGUGUCGCGCCUGGCAGCAACGGCGAGGCAGGGCAGGACCAGCGUGUCGCGCCAAGCAGCAACGGCGAGGCCGGUGGGAGGGCCAGACCAGCCGUCGAGGGUUUGCCAAGAAUCAGAAAGAGGAGAUUCGAGGGGUUGUGGAUCGUCGAGGAGCCCGACACCACCGCCCCCCCUCCCGGCCGGGGUCUCAUCAGUGAGCGGACACGGUCGCACCUGAGCUGCUCCAACAAGAAACUGCUGAAACGUGGUACUGUAAGCAGGCCGGUCCUGCUCGACACAUCUUCCUCCGGCUCCGAGCCAGAGGAAGCCGUGCAACCGCCUCAGCCAACCAGCUGGGCGGCCGAGGACGACAGCUCCGGCGAAGACAGAAGGCCGGCGAAGAGGAGGAAGAAGAAGAGACGGUGCCGGGAGCAGAUCGCCCAAGGCGGGCGCUCAGAGGAAGAGGACGACCACGGCAACGACCCUGACGCUGAACCUGACGACGACAGAACGUUCCCGAGGAACGCCAGGAAGGGGCCGAGCUCAAGCCGGCCGAAGACCGGAGCGUCAAACCGGCAGCAGUCUGCUGCCAAGGAACGUGGCAAAGCCCACGCUGGCUCUUCUUCCAACCCACGACGCGCCAAGAAUCACGCUGCAAGCACAGCAGAGGGGCGCGGUCUGCAGGAUGACAUUUUCUUCAAGAAAAGCUCCCUGUCUCAUCGCAAGGGGAAGCAUACGGAGGAGGAGGACAACCCUUGCAAUGAUCUGCUCUCCUCCUUAUUCGACGGGAUACCGAGCUACCGGAACGGCUCUGCUCCUGCCGAUGCACAGCAGGGCGGCGGCGACACGAUGCCUCUGGUGUUCAAGUUCGGGGAGGAAGCUGAAGUGAAAUCAGAGCAUGACGAGUUUGAGGAUCAACAGUGGGAAGACAUGGAUCUUGCCUCUCAAGCCAACAAUGCCAAUGCUCACAGCUCCCAGGAGGUUGAAGAGAGCCAGGGGCAAGAUAUUCCAUCAGACCAAAAAACUUUAUGCAGUCAAGGGAAGCAUGAUUUAUUUACCGAUGACCAAAUUGGAACUUGGUGCAAGCACUGCAGAUUUGUUCUUGAAAUUAAAUAUGUAAUGGCCCCUAUGGGGAAUUAUUCAGCGGAAAGGGAACCAACGGCUCGCGAGCUGAACAUGGAUAAUAUUAUUUUUAAUGGCAUCCUAACAACAAUGGGGUAUGAAGGAGAGUACAUCACUGGCAGUCAUAAAAGUGGCCCUGUAUGGAAUCUCAUUCCUGGUGUCCGAGAAGACAUGUUCCCACACCAGCAGGAAGCCUUUGAAUUCAUGUGGAAGAAACUGGCCGGAGGUAUUGACAUUGAAGAGGUGAAGAAGUUUGUGAAAACUGAUACUCUAAGUGGCUGUGUGAUCUCUCACGCCCCAGGGACGGGGAAGACCAGAUUAGCAAUCACAUUUGUUCAAUCUUACCUCGAGCUUUUCCCGCAGUGUUUUCCGGUGAUCAUUGCCCCCAAGGGGAUGCUUGACACAUGGGAAACUGAGUUCAGGAAAUGGAAUGUGAAGAUACCUUUCCACAUACUGAAUUCCAGAGAUAUCCACUGGCAUGGAGAUAAAACCGUCGAAAAACUGGCCUCGAAUGAUAAGGAAUUGGCCCGGAGGCUGUCCAUUAGCAGCAUUGACAAGAAUUAUAUGCGCGCGCUGAAAUUGCGAUCGUGGGCUGAGGGGAGUAGCAUCAUUGGACUCAGCUACAGCCUGUUCCAGAAGCUCACCAAAGGAGAAGGCAAUGAUGAUGACAAGCUGAGGCAGAUGCUUCUUCAAAGGCCUGACUUGCUGAUCCUUGAUGAAGGACACACGCCAAGGAACAAGGAGAGCAAUAUUUUUAAGGCUCUUGCUGAAGUUCGGACAAAAAGACGAAUAAUCCUAUCAGGGACUCCAUUUCAAAAUAACUUUGAAGAGCUUCGAAGCGUCUUUAGCCUGUUACUUCCUGCAAACUUUGAAGCCAUGGAUUUCUUUCCUUCUUCGAAACUACACAACGUGACAGAUGUGAUGGUAGAUGAGAUCAGGAAAAGAUUGGACCCUUUUGUGCACAUCCAUAAUGGCGACAUUCUUCAUAAAUCCCUUAAAGGACUAAGAGAAUCUGUUGUGAUUCUGAAUCCUCUUCCCAGCCAGAAGAGGAUCAUCGCAAUGAUGGAGAAACAUAAGACACGUGGCAAACGUCCUCAAAAAGAAAAGACACAUGGCGGCACUUUGGAGUGGGAAUACAAGAUAUCUCUUGCGUCUGUACAUCCGUCCCUCGUUGCUGGCAUGAAAAAGUUGCCAAAAGAAGUAACAUCUGUUGUGGACGAGCUUCCAUUGGAGAGGUUACGGUUGAAGCCAAGUGAAGGAGUUAAGACGAGGUUUGUGUACGAGGUUGUGCGUCUAUGUCAAGCUUUAAAAGAGCGAGUGCUUGUGUUUAGCCAGUUCCUUGAACCACUGGACUUGAUCAUGCAACAGCUGAGAAAAGAGUUCAACUGGACUAAAGGCAAAGAGAUCAUGUAUAUGAGUGGAAAUGUCUCCCCUAAAACCCGCAAAGCCUUGAUGGUGGCCUUCAAUGAUGUGGAGAGCGAGGCCAAGGUGAUGCUUGCAUCGACCAAGGCGUGUGGAGAAGGUAUCACCCUCGUUGGAGCAUCGCGUGUGGUGCUCCUCGAUGUUGUGUGGAACCCUUCUGUUGGAAGGCAGGCGAUUGGACGGGCAUAUCGUAUUGGUCAACAAAAGAUUGUCCAUACAUACAAUCUAAUCGCAGAAGGAACACAAGAGAAGGCCAAAUAUGACACACAAGCUAAGAAGGACCAAAUGUCCAAAUUGCUGUUUUCAAGUGAGCCACAGCCUACAGAGUGCAGCCGGUCAUCAGAAUUUAUUUCCAAUGACAGGAUUUUGGAACAGAUGACUGAAGAUGAAGAUCUGAAAGAGAUGUUUGUGAGUAUUCUCCCGUCGCAGUGGUGAUAGAACUUAUAGAUCUCUGCGUAGAAGAGCGGUGUACCUGUGGUGAAGCUAAUUGUAUGUCUGCAUCUGCAAGAGGAGAGCGAUGGAACGCCCCGUCUGUACAAAAAGUGCUAUCAACAUGUUGUAUUGUCUUACAUAGAUGCUCGAAGGAUGUUGUUUUGUUUUGUUUUCUCAAGGCAUGUGCCUGUUUUAUCUCCAAACCUACAACAGCAGAGGGGUGGAGUGUCAGAAUGUUUUUUGUGGGUGCAAGAUCCCAAUUCGUACAGAGAUUAAUGUCCCUUCCUAUAAGGGACGACCCCUGAUUCUCUGAAAUUGGAACUUGUUGUAUACUGCAGUUUGACAUGAGCUGUAGUUGUUGUAUACUGCAGUUUGACAUGAGCUAUAGUUGUUGUAUACUGCA